CCUAAUUGUUAACUUUAUUGGACCGUGUUGGAUGGAUGGACAUUGAUAAAAGAGCCAUGCAUCGAUCGCAUCGGUCGAUCUCGAUCAGUCAACCAACCAACACGAGUCAGUCUCUCAUCCAUCAACAGCACCUGCGUCUUACCCUGCUCUAUACAAGGAAUGUUUGUUCAAAUCAUCCCAGCACUACACUGACAGCUGGUCAAGGCAAAACAGCCGCUUGAAGGUCCCACUAGGAAAGCAGAUCGACUACCCGCCCCCCCGCCCUCACCCCACAGUACAAAACAAGGGCCAAGUCGCUUGACCAAAUACGGGGCAGAAAGUCAGAGAGGCGGCUCAGAUCGGCUGAGGUUUUGCUGCUGGCCGUGUGGGUGUUGCUGUGUGCCGGUGGUGGGUCCGCUGCUCUUGCUCAUGGCGUUGCUGAUGGCACUCAUGCCGGACGCAAUUCCUGAGCCAAUCUGCAGCGAUCAAAACAGGCACCCGAUCAAAUCACCCACCCUUGCGUGUCUGUGUGUAUGGAUGGAUGGAUGCACGGCUGUGUGUUUUGCGGGUAGGGUGGCAGGCAGGUCGCUGUGCUGGCCUCUCUGCCUGUCUGUCUGUCUGUCUUUCUACCAGUUGGGUGGCUGUCUUGGCUCCCUCUGUUACCCUGUCGGUGAUGUGAUAUUUCUGCUCGGCCUCCUUGGCCUUGUCUCCCACCCACUGGAAGCCCUUGCCCACCUUCUCACCGAUCUGCACACACAGACAGUCACACACACACGUGAGGAGGGACAGGUUCGUGACCAUGUGCACACAAACUGCUGCUGCUGCUCACAUGGUGUUUCUGCUCGAAGUCAACCGCCUUGUUGUAGGUGGCUUUGGCGGCCUCUGUCGUCUUUUCCGUGAUGUCUGAACCAACGAACGAAGACCACACACACACACACACACAUGUAUUGGGUCCGUCAAGCGGCCUGCCACAUCUCAAAAAUUGUCACGAUAUCUCUGAUUCAUCUCCUUGGUCUUGUCCACUGCACCUAGGGCCCCCUGACCCACACCACGCGCCACCUCCCCUGCCUGGUCAUCGAAAUGCACACACACGGCACACACGUGUGUGCACCUCAACCCACUCUCACGUGUGGUUUUCCGUUGUCGUUUCGGUCACCUUGUCGCCCCUGGUGGCGGCAUAGGCAGCUCCCGCGCCGCCGGCCACCAGCCCCAGAGGCCCCAACAGCAGGCCACCAGCCACGGCACCGAUGGCGCCUGCAGCGGCCAUUGUCUUGACACCGCCCGCCCGCUGUGCAGCACUCUCAGCCGAUGCAGCCAAGGCUGAUUGACAGUCACCAGACAUCACACACACAGCCAUUGUAAGUGGGAAGGUGGCACUUUGUUCUCUCUGCUCUCCUCUGGCCCUUUUUGGUACCGUACCCAUUGCGGCAUUGGAGUAUCGUAUCUGCGCGUUUCAGUGUCGAUUCAGGCGACCAAAAGACGGACGAGCGCGUAAUGUUUGGUAUGGUGUCAGUGUGGUUCCAUUCAUGUGUAUGUGAUGUGUACCUGCUGCUCGAGGGGCACCUGGUCGGCCGCGGCCGGUCUGGCGCCCCACCCUCCUGUGGCCUGCUGCUCCAAGUAGGUGACUCGGUUGAGUAUCUGCUGCUGGUGCUCCUUGAGAGCCUGGUAGUCGGAGCUCUCGGGCGACAGGGUGCGGGCGGCUUGCUCCAGCAUGUUGACGGCCUGUCGAUACUUCUGAACUCAAAGCAGGUAGACACUGCACACCACGUGCGGCACGUGUGGUGUGUGACCACUUCACUUGCCUCGAUGGCUGGGCGCAACUGGCCCUGCCUGUCGUGGUCCAUGGCUUGGCUGGUGACCUGGUCGCACUGGUUGAGCACCUGACAAGAGAAACACACAAAACACACGUGUGCUCGUUUCUUUCGUUUCUUUGGCCGACGCACCGAUGAGAGGUCCAUCUGGCAGCCCGGGCUUGUCGUUUUCAGAAAAAAGAGGAGACCGUCAGAGCUCUGGGAGAUUCCUGUUGCGUGUUGUUCGUUUGAUUCUGCGUGCAGGAAACU